UCUGCCUCAGCAACAGAGGAUGAAAGCCAUUUUUUGAUGGAUAAGUGUAAGAAAUACAGGUGUGGAUCACAAGUCUCCAGAGAAGACUGAGCUCAUUGUCAGUUGAUGGCAGACACAGGAAUGUCUGAGUGGCUAAGAGUUUUCAGGAAUCUUUUGGGGGAUCUGUGUACACUCAAGCAGACUGAGCUGGAAGGACGAAUCCCUCUCCACACUGCCUAAGUGUUCAACCUUAAGAAUGAUUGCGACUAUGAAGCCAAAGCAUUUGGGGGAGUGAAAAGGAGGAAGUGGUACCCCUGGCUGGCAGCUGAACGGGAUGACGGUCUGGUUCCUGGUGAAGAUGCUAAGAAUGAAGAAGAGAUCUUCCAAAGAAAAGAGGAGCCCUCAGCAGGGAGCCGCCGAGGACUGUCAUGUCAACUCUGAUGACUGCACCAGCUCUGAGAGCGAGCCAGAGCAGCUGGCCUUGCGAAAUCCCAGCCACCCCCAAUGGCAGGAACGAGGGCCGCCCCCCAAGCCGCACCGGCAGCUCUGCCGUUCCCCUUGCCUGGACCAACCCAGCUUCUCUCAGAGCAGCACCCUGCAGGACCCAAAGCCCGAAGAGGACAAGCAGCCCCCUGUGGAUAAGGAGUACCAGGCCAAAAUGGACUUUGCUUUAAAACUCGGCUACGCUGGGGAGCAGAUUCAAGCUGUCCUGAGCAAACUGGGCUCAGAUGCCCUUAUCAAUGACAUAUUGGCUGAACUUGUUAGGCUAGGAAACAAGAGUGAGGAAGAGGGGCAGAAGAGCGGAGGGGCAGAACACGGCCACGCUGCCAGAGACGUGGGCAGCCCAGAGCUGUCCCUGGAAGAUGAGAUUUCAGACAACACCGAGAACCUGAGACCUGUCGUCAUAGAUGGAAGCAAUGUGGCCAUGAGCCAUGGGAACAAAGAAGGCUUCUCCUGCAGAGGAAUACAGUUAGCCGUGGACUGGUUUCUGGAGAAAGGCCACAAAGAUAUUACGGUAUUUGUACCUGCAUGGCGGAAAGAGCAGUCUCGCCCCGAUGCUCCAAUUACAGAUCAAGACAUCUUACGCAAACUGGAGAAAGAAAAGAUUCUCGUCUUCACCCCAUCCCGAAGAGUGCAAGGCCGGAGGGUUGUCUGCUAUGAUGACCGGUUCAUUGUCAAGUUGGCUUUUGACUCUGAUGGUAUCAUCGUGUCCAACGAUAACUACCGGGAUCUUCAGAAUGAGAAGCCCGAGUGGAAGAAAUUCAUUGAAGAAAGGCUCCUGAUGUUUUCCUUUGUUAAUGACAAGUUUAUGCCUCCGGAUGAUCCCUUAGGGCGUCACGGCCCAAGUCUGGAAAAUUUCUUAAGAAAGAAACCUGUGGUUCCUGAGCAUAAGAAGCAGCCAUGCCCUUACGGCAAGAAGUGCACCUACGGCCACAAGUGUAAAUACUACCACCCAGAGCGUGCCAACCAGCCGCAGCGAGCGGUGGCAGAUGAGCUCCGCAUCAGUGCCAAACUGUCAGCUAUCAAAACCAUGAGUGAGGGAGCAUUGGCCAAGGGCAGCAGUGUGGCCCCAGCGCCCGCUUCCAAGAGCGAGCCCAGCUCGGAAGGGAAGCGCGUGGCUCCCAAGCGCCAGUCCGAUCCUAGCAUCCGGUCUGCAGCUGUAGAAACUGAGGAGAGGCUGCCCAUCAUCCGUAAACCUGAGACCAGCUCAGCCCCCUCCCUGGUGACAGCACUGAGUGUGCCCACGCUUCCCCCUUCCAAAAGCCAUGCGGCAGGUGCCCUAAACACCCGCUCUGCCAGCAGCCCAGUGCCUGGUUCCUCCCAAUUUACCCAUCAGAAAUCUUCCCUGGAACACACAGCCAGUAUGCAGUACCCACCCAUCCUGGUCACCAAUAGCCACGGCACCUCAGUGGGCUACACUGAGCAGUACCCCAAAUACGAGUCUCUGGGGGACCAUGGCUACUACUCAUUGAUGAGUGACUUCUCCAACCUAAGCAUCAACAGCACCCGCGGGGCAGACUACUUCGGGGCUGAGGCAGAUCGUCACGCACGUGGCAUGUACUCUCGCAAUGCCAGCCCCUGCCAUGACAAACACAUGAGCCAUACAAGUAGUGAUCCUUACUCCUCGUACAGCGAUUUGUAUUUGGGUGUAGUGGAUGCAGGCCAGGAAGACGCUAUGAAGAUGAACCGAUCAUGCUCACAAAACCAUCUCCAGCCUUUUUCACACGGUUACCGUGAAGCCUUAACCAGAGUACAAAGUUACGGUCCGGAUGAACCCAAGCAGGCUCCCCACAAACAUCCCGCACCCCGAUUAGUGUUGCAUGCCCAGCACCCGGUAGUUGGUGCCCGAUCUAGUUGUCCCGGAGAUUACCCUGUGCCUCAGAGCAUCCAUCCCCCAGGCGCAGCUCCGCCAGGCCGAGCACUGGUGAUGACAAGGAUGGACAGCGUUUCUGACUCCCGCCUCUAUGAUGGCAACCCAAUGAGGCAGAGGCGGCCACCCCUGUGCCGGGAGCAGCACGCCAGCUGGGACCCCCUGCCCUAUCCCUCUGCUGCCGACUCCUACAGCUAUCACUCUUACCCUUUGAGCACCAACCUCAUGCAGCCCUGUUAUGAGCCGGUCAUGGUGAGGAGCAUGCCUGAAAAGAUGGAGCAGAUCUGGAGGAAUCCCUGGGUUGGGAUGUGUGGCCAGCCAAGGGACCAUCACAUGAUUCCCGAACACCAGUACCAGACCUAUAAGAACCUCUGCAAUAUCUUCCCGGUUGGCAUUGUCCUCUCAGUGAUGGAGAAGAAUCCUCACAUGACUGAUGCACAGCAGCUGGCAGCCAUAAUUGUGGCCAAGUUGAGAUCAGGACGCUAAUGGGGGUGCCUCGUCUCCCAUCCUUUCUGGGGGUGAGCAAUCUGGGAAGAAGAGAGAUUGGGGGAAAGUGGUUAAGUAGAAGAAACCCUCCCGGGAAUCCUGUUGUUAGGGUUCUCUUACACAUCAAUUCUGUACAGGAAAAAGUAUAUCAAUGGGGUACGGAAGGCAGAUGCUGAGAGUACCCAAAUCAGAUUGUUUUGUACAUAGGUUUAAUAUUUUAGGGUUGUUUUAAAGUAAGAAUUUCAAAAGCUGAGUGAAAGGAAAUGCAUAUUUUAUUGCAUGGAUAGUUGGCCAUCAAAUAUCCGUAAUGAACCAAAUGGGGUCACAGUUUACCCUUGAUUGCUGUAAGUGCAAACCUAUCGUCAGCAGUUAUGUUGCAUGUUUGAAUGUAUAUUUUCUGGGGUGCGUUAAGUGUGUAUAUAUAUAUAUAUAUAUACAUAUAUAUAUAUACACACAUAUAUAUGCAUAUAUAUAAAUAUAUAUAUAAAUACUAUUUUCUAUUGAGAUAUAGAUGUGCCCAUCUAUAUCAGUGUGUGUCUAUACUGUAUGUGUGUAUACAUAUAUAUAAUGCAUAUAUGUAUAUACAUAUAUGUAUACACACAUACAUGUACACACAGAGUCUUAGAAGAUGAGCUCUUCAAGGUCCUGAACCUACACUCAGCCAUGUAGGUAGAGAGGCCAACUGGGCUGCCUUUGUUGCAUCUCACAUUAGCAAAGAGUAUCAAAGUGCAAGGGGCUCACCAGCAGUGGGGGAGAUGGCUGCGUUUGGUGACAAAGCAGAGCAGCUUCCGCCCCCUCCCACAGCCCUUUGCACUUUGUAAAAUGUUGACCCUUGUUGACAUUUCUUUAACAACUGAAGUCUCUCAGUGACUUCACUUGAUAAAGUUGAGGUCAGAUUGCAGCAUCCAUCCCUCUUCAGAAGAGCUGAUGGAAGCGAAUUUUGUUUCCUAGGCAUCCCACGUGAAUGCCAUGAAGCUCUGGCUUCCUGUCACAAAGCAUCACAUUUGAAAUGACUGACAUUUCAUGCAAGUAUUAAAGCUUCAUGGCAAAUAUGGCCUCAUCUGAUCGGCCAACUCUGGGUGUUACCCCUCUGGGAGCAAAAGUGAGGCUCCUAGACUGGGAGGGCCCUUCCAAUAUGGAAUGUGAUUGUUGGAAAAGACAAUCAUCAGAACAUGGAAUGUCAGAUUUGAGAGGGACCUCCGAGAUAAUCCCGUAAGCCCCCUCAUUUUCUAUAUGAGGCACUGAGGUCCUGAGAGGUGGCAUAUGUUGUCCGCAUUCCCACAGUUUAUAAGUGGCAGCAGAGCCAAGGCUGGAUCCUGUUUCUUGGGUCCUAGCCAUAGGUCUCAUUCCUCUCCACUGCCCAGCCUCUUGGUAGGGUAGAGUAUGUGGAAAGGUGGUUAGUUUUACCUUAUAGUUCAGUCACUGGGCAAUAGGACCAAUCACUGGUUGCAUAGUACUCUCGUGUAGACCCCAAACAAGCUAUUUUCCAGGCAGGAAGAACCUAGCUUUGGGAAGAUAGAUAUUUCAUCUCUUAUCUGCCAUCACCUGAUGAAUCUUAGCUUCUCACUCUUGGUCAACACACCAAAGGUAUACAAUUUGCCUAGUGACAUUUUUCAGAUGCAUUUCUUGGGAAAGGGGGGGGGGGGCAUGGCUUGUGCAAUUUGUAUUUUGCUCAGGGUGUAAUCCUUUGUAGCGAAAUGCCUCUAGCCGAGGCAUCCAUCGGUUUUUUUGUUCUUUUUUUUUCUUAAGCUGCACUGAAUGAACGCCCUUUUUUGAAUCUAAUGUAUAUUUCAACAUUUUAAGCCAGCUCUAGAGUUUGGGAGCUGAAAAUUGCUGACUUCCUACUGUAGUUUUUUCAUGAAAGUUGAGAAGGCCUCACCUGGGCCUUUUGUCUCUUCAUGAGAAGGUGUGACACUGCCUAAAUGUUUCUUACUGUGAAACACACGGAUUGUGAGGCUGCUGUUAGGGUUGUUUCUGGUGUUUUGGUAAAGGUUUCGUGUGCUGCUUUCUGGUCCUCUGUCCCUGCCCUGAGCAACUGCACAGAUCACUCCCAGCAUGGCUUUUUCAGCUCCCACCACUUACGGAGGGUAACCAGUUCUCAUUCUGACUUCAUCCCCAAAGUUGUGUGUCCAUUUCAUCUUUCAUCAAAAAUCAAUCACCCCCUCAAAAUGUCAUUCAUGUGCAAAACACAUUCUCUGUCCAACAAUGAAGGAGGCAAAGCAAGCGGGGGUAGGGGGGUGUCUGGACCCAACUCUGACACUUAGUGCAUGACCAUGGGCAGGUCACUUUACUUACCUGGGCCUCAGUUUCCUUAUCUGAUACAUAGGGAUAGCAAUACUUGCUGCCUCCUACCUCACAGAAUUGUUGUGACGAAAAGCAAUCCACCUCAGAUCUUAAAGUGCAGUAACAAUGGGAAUGAGAAGAUUAUUAAUGAUUCUAUGAAAAAUGACUGUUAGAAUUCACACAUUCAUAUAUUUCCCAUUGAUGCCAUUUCACGUCAGAUCACUCAGUACUCACAAGACUGGUGCCUCCAAUCGACAAAACUGAAAGACUAUACUGCCUUCACGCCUAAACCCUUGAAUUCAUGAAAUUAAAAAUCAUGGAGGUUGGGCCAAUUGGGAAUGGACAGCUCUAGCCAUUAAAAGAAUUCCAUUAAAAGAUCUGUAAAACCUAAUUCAUUGGGGCAGCUAGUUGGCACUGCAAUGGAUAGAGCACAGGCCCUGGAUUCAGGAGGAUCUAAGUUCAAAUGCAGCCUCAGGCGCUUGACGCUUACUAGCUGUGUGACCCUGGGCAAGUCACUUAACCCCAAUUGCCUCACACAUACACAUACACAUACAAAAAAAAAAAAACCAAUUCAUUCCAUGAGCUACCGUUUUUGAAAAAGUCAAAGGCACCAAUCGAAAACAUAUUUAUAAAUUCACUGCCUCAUGCCCCCCCCCGAACAUACACCUCAUUUUUCUUUUCACCAACAUCUGUAUUUCUGACCUUCAUCAACUCUUCAUUCUCACCUCCGCCCCCCUCCAGCUUCCCUUCAACAUCCCCACACCCCCACAGCAUGUCCAGAUCCAAGCGGCUGAGAGCAACACCUCAAAUAACCAGAAAUGACCUUUUGUUUGUUGAUACAAAUUGUAUCUCUUUUUUUCUUGAUUGUAUAAAACAACAAACUUGUACAAAACUCAUCUCUAAACUAGUUCCAGUAUCUCUUGUUCCCACCCGCGAUGUUUGUGACACUGUGUGUCACCCCGACCUAGCGCAGGGCUAAUUUUUCUUUACAGGGCUUUUUCUUUACAGAUGGCACUUGUAGCUAACAGAUAAACUGAGACAACUUUUCCAGUCCCCUUUGGUACCGUGUUCACAGCUAAUGUGUAUAUAAUUUUGAGCAUAAUAUUGUCUAAGUUCUCUUUGUUCAGCUCAAUGUGAUCCUUGCAGAGGGAUUCUCUGUAACAAAUGGACCGGGCCAAUGAAUCAUCCAUCUGCAGGUGUUUAAUAAUGACAUUCUAUAGCCACAAUGGCGGCAAGCCUGGCUUGGAUUCUUGACAGGUGGGGUUUCGUUGCGACGGGGACUUCUUGAUAAAUAAUCAUGUGAAAGAGCAUUUGUCCCCCUCAGCUCGCUUGAUCCUAGAGUCAAGCUCAUGGCUAGGGGCCUUCAGAGCCCUUUCUUUUUGUUGCUCUGAAGGGGCUAACACUUGCAUGCCCUUUGACCUUGCUCUGGGACAUGACAGGGCUCUAACUUUCUCCCUGCUACACCCUGCCCCAGCCUGACAGGAUGCUCCAGCCUGUUUAGGCCUUUGCUUUGUGGGGUGUGGGAUCUUUGGGGUUUGUCCUUCCUCCUCCCCUACUCCCACACCAUGGGAGGGAGAAGUGGGGAUCUGCAGCAUCCUCCCUGAAGCUGGGGUUCCCUUUGGUUAAGUCAGCUGAGAGAGGCCAGGAAAAUUUAAAGAGGCCCUGAGCUGGUCUGCCUGGUUAGAGUGAAGGUGGCUGCAAAGGAUGGGGUUAACUUGGAGACACUGUUGAAACAGCUUCUCUCUCUCUCCCCCAUCUUCUCUCUUGAGAGUAGCAGCAGAAUACACCUUCUCGCCCUCUUUUUCCUCUCUCAGUGGAUCCCCAUUUUUCUAUUUUCUGAACAAACUUCUUUAUACAACCCCAGCAACCU